CCAACUAUUUCCCCCUUUCUGGAGUUAGCGUUCUGCGCGAGGAGUGAAUCAAAAGCCGCCGUCGCCAUGGUGAAGUUUCUAAAGCCCAACAAAGCCGUCAUCGUCCUUCAGGGCCGAUACGCCGGUCGCAAAGCCGUGAUCGUACGAUCCUUAGACGAAGGCACACGUGACCGCCCCUACGGCCACUGUUUGGUUGCAGGGAUAAAAAAGUACCCGAGCAAGGUCAUCCGCAAGGACUCCGCCAAGAAAACUGCCAAGAAAUUGCGCGUCAAGUGCUUCGUCAAGCUCGUGAAUUAUCAGCACCUGAUGCCCACGCGCUACACCCUCGACGUGGACUUGAAAGACGCGGUCUCCGUCGAUGCGCUUCAGACGAAGGAUAAGAAAGUGGCUGCGUGCAAGGCCACCAAACAGAGGUUCGAAGAGAGGUUCAAGACUGGAAAAAACAGGUGGUUCUUUACGAAGCUUAGAUUUUAAGUGUUUGGAUCAAUCUCUAUAUAAUAUUAAAACAUUAUGGAUUUUGAGAUCGGAUCUGAAUCUUUUUGGAUGACAUAACGUGAUUUGCUCA